GGGAGCGAACGGCAGGCGGGCCCGGCUUAUGGACCGGCCCGGAGUCCUCCAGAGAAGCCCGAGUCAGGCGGGAGCUGGUGCGCCCGGGCGCGCACACGUGUGUAGACCCGCGGGCAUGUCUCCGGGCUGCGCGGGCACCUGUCGUGUGAGUAGCUGCGGGCGUGGCUGCUCUUCGGACGUGCGGCUUCUGUAAGCUUCCUCUCCAGGGGCCUGCCUUCCCCCACCGCCGCAGGGAAACCUAAGAAGUUUAACAGGGCUGGGACUGAGCCGAUUAAGGAAGGCUGGGCCGGAGAGGGUGGGGACUGCGGGUGCUGGGAGGUAGGAACCACCUCUUUGCCCCAUCUCUUAGCCAGCAAGGCAUCUUGCAAAGACUGGCGUGACAAAGGUGGCCCUGAAACAUCGACAGCAGUGAUGAUCACUGAGUGAGUGGCCCCGGGGCUGAACCUGACCGAUUUGUUGACGAGAGGGAUGCUAGCAGUUAGGAAGGCAAGGAGGAAACUCAGGAUGGGGACCAUCUGCUCCCCCAACCCCAGCGGGACAAAGACAGCAGCGGAGGUCUGCAAUGCCGACUGGAUGGCCUCGCUCCCCCCUCACCUCCACCACGUCCCGCUUUCCCAUCUGGCAAUCCCAGGCUCUCACGAUUCCUUCAGCUAUUGGGUCGAUGAGAAGUCCCCAGUGGGGCCUGACCAAACCCCAGCUAUCAAACGCCUCGCCAGGAUCUCCUUGGUGAAGAAGCUGAUGAAGAAGUGGUCUGUGACCCAGAACCUGACCUUCCGAGAGCAGCUGGAGGCCGGGAUCCGCUACUUUGACCUGCGUGUGUCUUCCAAGCCAGGCGAUGCUGACCAGGAGAUUUACUUCAUCCAUGGGCUUUUCGGCAUCAAGGUCUGGGAUGGGCUGAUGGAGAUUGACUCGUUCCUUUCACAGCACCCUCAGGAGAUCGUCUUCUUGGAUUUCAACCACUUCUACGCCAUGGAAGAAGCCCAUCACAAAUGCCUGGUUCUCCGGAUCCAGGAGGCCUUUGGAAGCAAGUUGUGCCCAGCCUGCAGUGUGGAAAGUAUGACGCUGCAAUCCCUGUGGCAGAAGAAGCACCAGGUCCUUAUUUUCUACCACUGUCCCUUCUACAAGCAAUACCCCUUCCUGUGGCCUGGAAAGAAGAUCCCAGCACCCUGGGCAAAUACCACAAGUGUGCGCAAGCUCAUCCUCUUCUUGGAGACCACCCUGAGUGAGCGAGCGCCCCGCGGCUCCUUCCACGUCUCCCAGGCCAUUCUCACGCCCAGAGUGAAGACCAUCGCCAGGGGCCUGGUCGGUGGCCUCAAGAACACUCUGGUUCAUAGGAAUCUUCCUGCCAUCCUGGACUGGGUGAAGACACAGAAGCCUGGAGCCCUGGGCGUCAACAUCAUCACAUCUGACUUCGUGGACCUGGUGGACUUUGCCACGACCGUCAUCGAGUUGAACGACCUCCUCCGGGAGGACGGGGCUUUGGCUAAAUGCUGAUUUGAUUGCUUGUUUAACUUAAUGUGGAAGUUGUUGAUCCAGGGUAAAGUUUGGAAGGGUUUCCUGUUAGGAUGGUCCCUGGGCAGUGAUGGAGAAGUGAGUAAGAGGAGGAGGGUUUUUUUUUUUUCCUUCCUCACAGGGCCAUUAGGAUAAAAUGACAGGGCUUUCAACUGCAUUUUUUUCCCCAAGCGAGACUUUAAAAAAAUUUAAGUCUGAGGGAAGAAAAUUUAUUUCAUGUGGUUAAGAUCAGAAUCUCCCCAGUGGCUUAUGGUGGUAAAUGGAAUAUAGGAAUAGGAUAUGCAAAUGCCAUUGGGGUAUGGAGUGUCCCCUGAUUGGUCCAGUUUCCCUAUUGUUGUCUUUACCAAGAUAUUGUGCUUGAGCCAGUGAGGCUAGACCAGAAAGGCAUUCCAGGUCAAAGGAAUGACUCCUGGCAGGUGUGGGCUGCCCUCUGGGUUGGCUUUAACAUCAAACCAGAGUUCUUAGGCGAGAGGAGGUCAAGCACUAGCUCUCUCUAGGAUUCUUGAAUGCCACCCCUUCUUCCCUGAGAACGUAAGUUAUUUGUUACCAAGGUGUUUCAGCCACAAGCUGUUUGUGCAAAGCUUGUGCAGGCAACUGGUCACCUUUAUUCUUCAGAUCAACAGUAUAUACUGCCUUUAGAACUGGAAAAAGAUUUCCUAAUUUUAAAACAUUGAUUCCCUGCUAUUUCAUUAGGCCCUUACUUAAAAGUGAAAGGAACAAUGACAGGAGAUCUUUUGAGAGCUGGGCACACUAAGAGAUAGACAUGCAUGUUUGUUGCUUUCCAGAUUCCUUUGAUUUAGUUCUGUAGCUUUCCCUAAAAUGUAGCUGCCAGAGCAGCACCUGCGUCAUUUUGGCAUGGUCCUCUUUAGAGUGAGGUCUCCAAGCCAAAUCUUGGAGUUACAUUUCAUUGUUUUCUGCCUAGGACCUAGGUGCAUAGCGUGGGACACUACACUAAGGCAUCCUGGCUGUGACACAUGGAGGCAGACGCAGGGUGCGUGGGAAAGUGCAGUGGCGUUAAAGGAGGACGCUUCAAGUAGGAUUGGAGCCGUUCUGUAACUCCUGGAAAACUAGACUACCUCGGGGACGUUUAGGAUGACUUGUGGGUCAUCAAGUGAGAAAUCCCAGUGUUGGAACUUAGCCAGUUCUUGUCUGGCCUGUUGUACUUUCUGCAGGUUGUUUUGAGCCUACUACUCACUACUGAAUGAGGGCUUUGAAACUCAAGAGGGGAUUUUGUUUUUCUUUUUUUAUUGAGAAGAAGUGCUUACCUACAAAGAGCCCUCUUGUGUUCUGAUUGUUUAUUUAUUUGUUCAUUUAUUUAUUCAUAGAGUAAGAAUCUGCAGUGCUUCUUAUGUCAAGAGCGCUCCCACUGGAGCUUACCGAACUUGCCUCACCCAGGACCCAUGCCGCCACGGUCCUCUGCCCUGGACGGGGCCUCGUAUAUCAGGGCUGUGAGUGACCUCUGACGCUGCUGUGGAUGGCCUGGCUCUGUCCAUCCUGCUGGGGGAGACAGUGCCUGUGUGUGGCUGUGCUCCAGCUCAGAGAAGCCACUACUAAGCCACGCAGUAGGACAGAAGACGCCAUGGGUCAAGAAGAAAGAACUCUUGGUGCUUGAGGAGACCCUCGGGAAGAGAGUUGCAAAAGAAGGAGCCAGAAAGAAAACUGGGCAUGAGGGUGGAUGAGUCUCAGUGCUGCUCAGCACCCUCCAGGUAUCUAGCAAGUGUCAGCUUCUGGAUUCCUAAGGAGGAAAUACAAACGUGGGAUCUUAAAUGGAUGUGUGCAUUUGUGAAGGUCGUUGGCCCCUUCUCCCAGGAGUUCCCCACUCCUGUCUUUUGAUGCUCGUAGCUGGAUUUUGCAUGCUGCCUGCAGUAAGGGGCAUCCUGGGUGAGCUACUAAAAGCUCAUGCACAUCCCUGGCGCUUGAUCUUCCAGCCUGCACCUUCUGUACAAUAGUUGAAGCCCUGACUUUUAGCUUCCACAGCUUCAGGAGGUCACACUACAGUUGCUUCUGGGAAAAUCUUGCUCAAAUCUCCCUUUUCUUGCAUUUGAACCUCUCCCUAAAGAGCUUUGGGGAUUAAGCAUUAUCUAAUCCUAUAGAGUUUUCUCUGGAUAGGAGGAAGAACGCAAAUGCCCUUCCUUUCUUAAUUUCCCUUCAAUUCGGGUAAUAAACCCUAGCAACCAGCCCUGAAACCCCUGGCCUGUCCUCAGAGUUUACUUUUUUUGUUGUUCUGUUUGGGUUAUGUUUCUAUCCUACCAACUAGAUUUAUGCCCCUCUCUUGACCCUUUGUUACUUGGCAAAGAGAUAAGGAGGCAAGAGGAGAAUCAUUCUGCUCUGUUUUAUUUGAGCCUCAGCUUUGUCCAGGUGCUUGGUGCUAUGAGGCCAGGUGUGUCGACAGGUAUCUAUACUGGAUGCCAGUGAAACCAAGGGCUACAGACUGUUCAGUGAAAUGUUUACUUGAUUUUCUUGCUUAGUUUUUCAAUAUAUAGUUGCACUUUGCUUGAAUUAUAAUAUUUAAGUGCACCUUAGUGUUUUCAUGGUAAGAAAAAAAAAAUCAUCAAGCAUGACACAGAAGCACAAAAAACCUCCAAGGUUGUGUGCAUGGAGUUCUGCUCUGUGUGGUGAAUGCAAGUAGUCACUCAUUUGGGCUGCUUUUGGUUGCCGGCUUUGCUUGCAUUUUAAAAAUCUGCAUAGGAGUUCUGGGAGACAGGAGGAGAAUUAUUUAGUUUUCCCUUGAUAAAUAUCCUCAAAUGGGUGAAAUCUCCACCCCAUGAAAAAGUUGCUUGACAUACUGUAAAGAUUGUGUGCAUUCUACUCCUUGACCAUGAGGCCAAACAGAACUCAGGCACGUGGGACAGCAAGAAAAUACACCUUAGGUCAAGGACUCAUUGCACACCUGCCAACAACAAAAAUGGUGAUGCAACCACAUCAUAUGUUCUCACAAGUUCUGGGGACUUUCAGAUCAAAAUAAGGAUCACACUUAGCUCAGAACUGACUGAGCCAAAGAGGACUUUAGUUUCACAAAAUUUUGGGUCAUUAUUUAUUUCAAAAUAUAACUGAGUUUUUCAUGAACUCCCUGGACCAUUUCUCACACAGUCACAUGUCCAUGUCUUGUGGCAAAUGGGACCAUUCACAGCGCUAAAAGUUCGAACUUUGAGCCAGUUGGAAGUACCAUGUGGUGUCACAGGUACAGAAAAUAUUCUUAGGUCAAGAUGAAUUUGAUGAAAGGGAAUGACAAGCUACUGGAGAUUAAAUUUUAUAUUGAUGACAGACCUAAAGGGGUCAUGCCAAACAGUUUUUAAUAUCUGCUGUGUUAGACCUGAUAGUAAUUUAGUCAUUUUCCUUAGUGCUGGAUCCAGUUCCCUGAUUCUUGAGAACAGUUAAGCCACAGUCCAAGCCCAGGAUUUUAUGUAAACCCAGAGAAAAGCACAAGAUCUGAGCCCAGGUAGUGAUAGGUCUUAAGAACGCUAAUCCUUCUUUCAAAAACUUCACAUUCACAUUAAAAAAUGUAUGUUUCUGUCCAAGGAGCAUUCUGGUUUUAAUCGCAGCUUUGUGGUGUGUUGGGAUCUUCUAUCUUUGGUUUUCUGAAUCUUUGCCAUUAAAAAGUGCUCCCCAAAGAGACCUGAUUGCAACCCACGUAGAGGGCUGAGCACAAAGCUAACAGUGGAGACACGGCAGAGACUGAGACUGAAGCAAAGUCACUCCAGUUUUCUGGGAAGCAAAAGUACUACACGAAAGCAGGCCACGUGUCGGAUGUAGUUCAUGCCACUUUGAAGUUUUUGCCGUGUUCUUUAUUCUCUGACUUCUUAGGUUCUGGGGAACAGAGUGUGCUAUCAAAUGAGGCACAGCCAUGAGGCUCCCCUACCUGAGUGGAGCUAGUGACCCUCUGGUCAAUCUUCCUGCUCCUUCGUGUGUAAUAAAGAUACUGUCUGCUACCUGAGAGCUGAGUGUUGUGCAAACAUCAGUGUGGAUUAGCUCGCAAAAUAGAAGGUUCCUAGUGUGUAGGUUAAAUGCCUUAUCCUCAGGGUGUGUACACUUGUGGACAUUCUUCCUUCUGGGGCACGCAUGAAGAAUGCUACUUGGGCUCAUUGAAUGGCACCUCUACUGAUCUGUAUAAUGAAAUGUGGAGGCCUCAGAAACCUGCCAUCAGGUGUGGUGGAUCCUGACAGGUGGGCCUUCCCCAAUACAUGCUAUGCAGCCUUGUAAUGUGAAGAGGAAGUGAAUAGGAAUCAAUGGAAUCAAACAUCCAAACUGCAAGGAAGUUGGUUGAUCACAGUAUAGAACAUGAUUGUCCUUGUAUGUUGCACUAGGUUUCUAGUGCGUCUUUGUCCCAUGCCCCCUGCUGCUUCCUGGUAUUUGCCACCAUAGCUAUGUCACUCACAUGCAUUGCACUGGGACAUACAGGAGUAAACUGAUGGUGUAAGUGAUGUAGCUGAAAACUACUCUUAAUAUGAACAACUCUCUAGUGCCCCCAUGAGAGCCUCUAUCUCCUUAGCCUUUGUAUUCUCCAGCUUUCUACUAGUGUGGUGGCAUUGUUGACACUGUAUCUCUACAUGAGCCCUAACCCAGAAGAAUAUACCACAAAAUGAUUUUAACUGAUUUCCUUAAAAUAGCACAGUCUCAGACACUAAAAUUUUCUAAUAAAACUCUAUCCUUCAGUAGAUAGAGUGUGCCCUAUCUUCUCCAACGGAACUUGUUCGUAGGAAUUUUCAAACUCAGCUAAAUAGUUGGAAAAGCUAUUUCCCUCUUCUCUCUGGGAAUUCCAUUCCACAGUCUGCUGAAGCAGCCCCAUCAGGUCUAGAGGCAUUUUCUAUGACUUCCUUCUCAUCUCCUGCACAGACCGCCACCUUCUCCUCUUGUCUCCUUGCUGUCGUCCAUCAUCUCCUGGUUACAGUUAAUCACAGGACGCUGGCAAAAUGGAUGUGAGAGAAGUGGACAUUCAGUGAGGUCCAACGCACUCGUAUCACAGUGGCUGUUGCUCCUUACUCUCCUUUUUUAUUGCAUCUGCUACCCAUCCCACUCAAAUAUUAGAACUAUACUUGAUUGGAGCACAAAACUUUGGGAACAAUAUUAAAUUCAAAUAGCACGGGCUUGCUCACAAGCUUUAAGCCCAGGAAGAAGCACAGCACUUUGAAAAGUCAAAUACAGGCCUUUGGUAGCUUUGUACAUUUGCAGUUAGUUUAUUGCACUAAUUAUACUUCAGUCACGAAUCUGUAGUAUCAGUAUGGUGAAUCUUAGAACAUAUUCUAGAAAUAGUGGUACCUUGCUGCUAUUAUGCUAAGUUAUAGCCCAGUGUUAAUAAAUGUUAAAUACAAAUCGUGUAUGCAUUAUUCGUACUGUGUAUAUGCCAACUGUAAUACUUAACCUCACCGAUCAGCGAUUAGAAAAUACAGAAACUGUCCCAGUGAAUCAAGUCUUGGUGAAUUCCGAUGAUAUAUGAACCUAAUAAAUGCUGUAAUAGGUAUUCUAUUUUGUCUGAUAUUGCUUGUUUUACACUACAGUUGCAUGUUGUUUGCAAAGUUAAAUAUUCAAAUAAUAAAUUAUACCAAAAUUAUGGUUAGGAUUAAAAUGUUGCAUCUGUGCUGCUGGAUACGCUGUAUUUUGUGGCUUCAUUAUCUCAUUCAUACACAUUUCACUUGGCUUUUUAGCUCCCUCCCCCAAGAAAUAAUGGUUCAAAUAUAUUUCUCUGCUUUUCCCCUGUAACUUUGAUUAAACUGCUCAAUUUAACCUAGAACAUUGUAAUUCCAGAAUACCUCAUUUUAACUGUGAAAAUUUUUACUAGGUAUUAUGACAUGAUAUGUUUUCUUGUAUUUGAUUUGAA